ACUAAAACUAAUAGUAGAAUGGACACCGUGAACACUUCCCUCGCUGAUUCCACAGAGAUUCGGACAGGAGUAAGUGAUUUCAUGCAGAAAUACACAGACGGGAGAUUGGGGCCCGGCAGGAUCUCCGUGCGUAAUUUUGGAGACGCGGGGUCUCUACACAGCGGCGCGCUUGGAUCAAGCAGUGAAGCGCUUACACAGCUUUCAGUCCUUGAUAUGGCACUCGGUAACAAAACUUUUCCUGAUCGCAUGAAUGAAUUUCUGAAAGUCGAACCCGAGCAGUGGAGCGCAAUGUCAAGCAAAGCGCUCAAGGAGAUAGAUGUCAAAGAUGAGAAGGAGCAAUCUCUGAUUAUGGAGACACCUCACAAUGAUGCCGACCUCGGGUUCAGCGUUAGCACUCUGGGCAGCUGCUACGACCCGAGCGAAAGAAAACAGCAGUGCGGGUAUAUUGAAGACCCCUCAACUUUGCUCUCAUCCCAAGUUGCCCAAAAGGUCGUUGAGGACAGUUCUUCUAACUUCCAGUUGGACAUGAAUCAAACGAACGCACUGGUUUUGCCUCCCCAGAGAAGAGCAUCACCUUCUCUCGGUAGGGCUAUGGUGAAUUUCGAUGGAACGAGCGCAUCUCCAAUGAUGCCCAAAAAUGACAUGUCCAAAUGGGUGGUACAACAGUCCCGAGCGGACUCUCAGUUCUGGUACCAGUCCAAUGGGAACGAAGAGCACGCUGGCUAUUCUUCACCCGACAGCUUCAUGCAGCGCUCACUGACAGGCUACACCACAUUCCCAGGGUUUCCAUCUCAAAGACUGUGUGUUAUAUGUGGAGAUGAGGCUUCGGGUUGUCACUAUGGAGUUCUUACCUGUGGAAGCUGCAAAGUGUUUUUCAAGAGAGCUGUGGAGGGUCAUCACAACUACCUGUGUGCUGGACGCAACGACUGUAUUGUUGAUAAACUCAGGAGGAAAAAUUGUCCUGCUUGUCGUCUUAGAAAGUGCUACCAGGCGGGGAUGAUGCUUGGAGGCCGUAAGAUGAAGCGGUUUGGUGGUUUGAAGGUCAUGGGUUUAAGUCCAUCGCUAAUGUUCCAGAGCCCGUUAGCCCUUAUGACUGAGGGUCAAUCUCUGUCCUCCCUGCCCUGUCUACCAGCCCUCCGUGAGUUGCAGCUGUCUCCACAGAUAAUCAGUAUUUUAGAGAACAUUGAGCCACAGAUGGUCUUCUCUGGCUUUGACAGCUCACAACCAGAGCUUCCCCACCUUCUCCUCAACAGUCUCAACAGACUCUGUGAGAGGCAGCUGCUCUGGAUUAUCAGAUGGUCCAAAUCUCUUCCAGGUUUUCGCAAUUUGCACAUCAACGACCAGAUGACGCUGAUCCAGUAUUCUUGGAUGAGUUUAAUGGUGUUCUCGCUGGGUUGGAGGACCUUUCAAAAUGCCACCAAUGAUUACCUGUACUUUGCUCCAGACCUCAUCCUAAGUCAUGAUCAGCUGAAGAGGUCUCCGAUCUCCGACCUGUGCUUGGCUAUGCAGUUCAUUCCACGGGAGUUUGCCAACCUUCAAGUGACCAAGGAGGAGUUUCUGUGCAUGAAGGCUUUGAUGCUCCUCAACACUGUCCCUCUGGAGGGCUUGAACAGUCAGACACAGUUUGAUGAGAUGAGACAUAACUACAUCUGUGAGCUUACAAAGGCCAUCCAGAUGAAGGAGAAAGGAGUGGUCGCCAGCUCUCAGAGAUUCUACCAACUCACCAAACUCAUGGACACCAUGCAUGAGAUUGUUAAGAAGGUCAACCUCUACUGCCUGAGCACAUACAUCCAGGCCGACGCCAUGAAGGUGGAGUUUCCAGAGAUGAUGUCAGAGGUCAUUGCGUCACAGCUUCCGAAAGUUCUUGCUGGCAUGGUCAAACCCCUCUUAUUUCACAACAAGUGAAGUCACGAUUUGUCAUUUAUAUGUAAGGAGCUCUAUUCUGGUGUAUUUUAUUGUUAUAAUUUACCCUUACUGAACAGACGGCAUACAAGCCACAUCUGGCUUGUCAGCUUUAAUUGCGUGACCCUUGAAAUGCCUUGUUAGUAAUUUAUAUUUAUCAUAGUUAGUUACCAAAAAGUGGCGUGAAAAGUGGGCAGUUUUUGUUUUCAAAUGCAAUAUCAAUGUAUGACAAUGGGAAAGUACACACUUUAUUAAAUAUUAUUACUUAUAGGGGAGACUGGGGCUAGUUGUUUCACAGGGAAGCUGUGAGGUUUUGAGUUAAAAGAACAUAAAAGAUUGUUUUCUUAAGUAGUGGUUUGGCUUUAAACACCUAGUUCUAAGCUGUCUUAAAUUAGGACAUUUUUGAUUAAAUCUAUCCUCCAUAUUAAAUAUAUGAAUAUAUUAUUAACAUAAUAAUAUAAUAUUAAUAUAUUAUAAUAUACAAUAUAUUAUGGUUGUAUUAUAAAUAUCAUUAUAUACAGUGGAAAUAAAAAGUAUGUGAACCCUUUGGAAUUAGCUGGCUGCUAAUUGGUAAUUUAAUUUAUUGGGUUAAUGUCUGGGCUCUGAUUGGGUAACUCCAAAUGGUGGAUUUUCUUUUUUUUUUUAAGUUUAGAGUCAUUGUCCUGCUGCAUCAUCCAACUUCUACGGAGCUUCAGCUGCCACUCAGCCACCCUGGUAUUAUCCUGUAGGAUAUCUUUAAAAACUUGAGAAUUCAUUUUUCCCUCGAUGAUGGCAAGAGGUCCCAAAUCACGAUGCUCCAUCAACCAUACUUCACCGUUGGGAUGAUGUUUUCAUGUUAGCAUGCGGUACCCUUUUUACGCCAUACUGUACAUUAGGGGCGGCUGUGGCUCAGUUGGUAGAGUGGGUUGGCCACUAAUCGCAGGGUUGGUGGUUUGAAUCCUGGCCCACACGACUCAACAUGCCAAAGUGUCCUUGGGCAAGACACUGAACCCCAAGUUGCUCCCAAUGGCAGGCUAGCGACUUGCAUGGCAGCUCUGCCGCCAUUGGUGUAUGAAUGUGUAUGUGAAUGGGUGAAUGAGUCACAGUGUAAAGCGCUUUGAAUACCGAUAAGGUUAAAAAGGCGCUAUAUAAGUGCAGACCAUUUACCAUUGUGCUACAUUUAUUCUCAAACAACUCAACCUUAGUUUCAUCAGUCCACAAAACAUUUUCCCAUUAGCGUUGUGGAGUGUCAAGGUAGUCUUUGGCAAACUUUAGGCACUCAUCACUGUUUUUGAUAGAAAGCAGUGGCUUCCUUCACGGUGUCCUGCCAAGAACACCGUGCCUUUCCAUAUAGUAGUCUCAUAAACAGAGAUGUUAACCACUUCCAAUGAUUCCUUCAAGUCUUAAGCUGUCACACCUGGGUUCUUUUUAACCUCAUUGAGCAUUCUGCAGUGUACCCUUUGAGUCAUUUUGGCAGGACGGCCACUUCUAGAGAGAAAAACCACAUCGCUAAAUCGUCUCCAUUUACAGACAGUUUGUCUAACUUUGGACACAUGAAUAUCUAAACUCUUUAAGAUAAAUGUGUAACCCUUUCCAGCUUUAUGCAAAGCAUCAAUUAUUGGUCGUAGGUCUUCUGAGAUAUCUUUAUUGGCAAAGCGUGGUCCACGUCAGAAGAUGCUUCUUCUGAAUAGCAAACUCAAUAUGUUUGAGUGCUUUUUAUAAGUCAAAGAAGCUCUGACCCACAGCUUAAUCUUGUUUCAUUAAUCGAAUGCCAGGUUUGCCAACUCCUGACUCUAAUAAGCUUUUGUUGACAUCAUUAGCCUAAGAGUUUACAUACUUUUUCCAACGUACACUGUGCAUGUUUGAAUGAAUUAUUCAAUAUGUACAAAGAACAAUAUAAUCAUUUGUGUUAUUAGUUAAAACAGAUUGUAUUCGUUCAUUAUUGUAACUUAGAAGAAGAUCAAACCAGAUAUUAAGACAAAUGUGCACAUACAGGUAAUUCUAAAGGGUUCACAUACUUUUACUUGCCACUGUAUUAUUCAUAUUUUUAUAUAGUUGUUGGGUAAAAAAGUUAACAAUUUAGCUGAAAAGUCAUUAAAUAGUCUAUAAUACAUUAUAAAUACUGAUGCUAUGGAAGAUGGCUUUUUAAAUGUAGAUUGUACUUCAUAUUUCAACAAGAUAUUCCUCUCACAUCAGUGUCAAUAAACAGCAGGUCCCCUUUGUGACAACUUACCCUUCUAUUAGGUCAAUGUGUUUUGAAUGAACUCUUUUCCUGGGAAAUAAUGGUCAAAAUGUCAAUAGCGUUUUUUGUAGCCAAUACUUAAAGGGUUAUUUGUCUCUGCAAAUACUUAAAUUGUCAUUCAAAAAUAAACUCAACUUGAGAAAUAUUCAAGUGGUUAAAACUAGCCCCAUUCUUCCUUAUAUUAUAUAAUACUUAUUCAAUAAAUUGUUGUGGUUUGAAUAUGACCCCACUGGCUUUUAAAGUUGAGAACCAUUGAUCUAGUCAUGUGGACAUCUUUCUAUACACAUUUUCCCCUGAUAAUGUUCAGAGGUGAAAGAACCAGAUGAUAAAAGACAGAAUAUUUGUGAUAUUAUUAAACCUGCUAUGGCUUUAUGGUUUAAUAAACUUGACGAUGUUGCAUGAAAAAUAUUUUUGGACAUUUGUGUGAUAAAUACAUGUAUAUUUUAGAUAAAGAUGCAUUUUUAAACUGUGCCUUAAUGGAUAGCAGAAAAGUAGCUUUGAUGUUUUUUGGAAUGUAAGUACAGUAAUUUUCUUAUUUUAUUUUUCAUUUGAAACUUACAUUUUUAUUAGCUUUUUUUUUUUUUUUAUAUUAAUCAUUGAAUACUUUCUAUUCUGUUACUGAAUUAUCCACUAAGGCGGCACAUUUAUGUCGAUGUUCAGAAAAUGUUUGAAUAUGAGGAAAUAUGAUCGGUCACGCUCUGUGAUGUAUGAUGAACGUCAGCAAGAGAUUUUGAGUUUUCAUGGUCAGAUCUUACAUACUAACCUUCGCAUAUAUCUCACCCAAUGCCAGUGAUUUGAUUUUACAUUCACACAGUAAAGGUUCUCAUACGUCAAUGGAAAUGCUUAAUAAAUAGCAUUCAGAAAUGGUUUGAAAUAGAAUGUUAAAUGAAUCCAAUAAUAUCUCAGUAAAAACAGCAGAUUGUAUUAUUAUUAUAACUGUAAUGCACCCUAAAAUGUAUCUGGCUAAUGUUUUUUUGUGGA